AUGGGAAAGGAUCAACAUGAACACAGUGACAGAGGAUUCUUCCACCACUUGGCAGGAUUCGCAGGCGGACACUACCCACCUCACGGUCAUGGUUACAGUCAUCACGGUCAUGGUUACGGUCAUCACGGUCAUGGCUAUGGAGCUCCUUAUCCAUACCCUCCUCCUCCUCCUCCUCCUCAUGGCUAUCCACCAGUUGCUUACCCUCCACACGGUGGUUAUCCUCCACCCGGUUAUCCUCCUCACGGUUAUCCAUCACACGGUUAUCCCGGUCCAUCUCAUCACUCUGGUAAUUUCAAUCUCAACAUUUACAUUCUUCCUCCUACAAAUGUCUUUUCACACGUUUGCUUCUACGUUUAG